AUGAUAAAUUCAAAUGGAGCAAUAUCAACAUUAAAUUAUUUUUCAAUAAAUCAAACUUGUCAAUUAUUUUCUACAAAUGACAGUUCGAUUUUAAUUGCAUUUAAUAUGAAUUCUUCUUUAAUAUUCAUGAAUCAAUCAGCAAUAUUCAUAACACCGAAUCAGAUCACAUCAACAUCAACAUCAUCGUCAUUGCCAACAACAUCGUUAUCAUCAACAACAUCAUCAUCAAAAACAGCAGCAGUACCAGGAUGGACAAUUACAGGAAGCAUGCAUGUGGCACGACAAUAUCACACAGUAGCCACAUUAGCAAAUGGAUCAGUGUUAGUUACUGGUGGAUCCAACGGUACUGCUAAUCUCAACAGUGCUGAAUUGUAUAAUCCAUCAACAGGCACUUGGUCAACCACGGGCAGCAUGAGUGUCGCACGAUAUUUUCACACAGCAUCCACAUUAGCAAAUGGAAAAGUAUUAGUUUCUGGUGGAGCUAACAGUGCUGGUGUUAUCAGUAGUGCUGAAUUAUACAAUCCAUCCACAGGCGCUUGGACAACUACAGGAAGCAUGAGUGUCACACGAUGUUCUCACACAGCAUCCACACUAGCAAAUGGGUCAGUAUUAGUUGUUGGUGGAUUCAACGGUGGUUAUCUCAAUAGUGCUGUGUUGUACAAUCCAUUAACAGCUACUUGGACAACCACAGGAAGCAUGAAUGUCGCACGAGAAGUUCACACAGCAUCCAUAUUAGCAAAUGGAAAAAUAUUAGUUACUGGCGGAUCAAGCAGUACUGGUGUUUAUGUCAAUAGUGCCGAAUUGUAUAAUCCAUCAACAGGCACUUGGUCGACCACAGGCAGCAUGAGUACCGCACGAGGUUAUCACACAGCAUCCACAUUAGCAAAUGGAUCCGUAUUAGUCACUAGUGGAUUGAACAGCGGUGGUUAUCUCAAUAGUGCUGAGUUGUACAAUCCAUCAACAGGCACUUGGACAAUUACAGGCAGCAUGAGUGUCGCACGAGGUUAUCAUACAGCAUCAACAUUACUAAAUGGAUUUGUGUUAGUUGCUGGUGGAUACAAUGGUGCUUUUCUCAAUACUGCUGAAUUAUACAAUACAUCAACAGGCACUUGGACAACCACAGGAAGCAUGAAUGCCACACGACAAUAUCACACAAUAUCCAUAUUAGCAAAUGGAAAAGUAUUAGUUACUGGUGGAACCAACGGCGUUCCUAUCAAUAGUGCUGAGCUUUAUUAA